GUCAGUGCCUACCUUCACUACUGAGGUGCACAUCCCUCUGGACUGCUGGUCAACCAGCUGGGAAUUCACUUCAAGAAGUUUCUAUUGUCAUCAGUAGUUCUGCAGCAGCUUCUGGUGAAAAUGAACGUCCUGCAAAUUCUGGGUCUCCUACAGCUGCUGGCUGUACCUGCUUUCACUUUCACACGGCCAAUCCAUGACUACUGGGGAGAGUUUGGACCCUAUGGGCCCUGCAGCCGUACCUGUGGCACGGGAGUGGCAAUGAGAACCAGGAAAUGUAUCACUUCGAGGACGGACGGAGGACAUAACUGCCUUGGAUCCUCUAAGUCCUUCCGAAUUUGUAACACACAGGACUGUCCGGCUGGGUCCAGGGACUUCAGAGAGGAGCAGUGCUCCCAAUUGGACCACACAGACUUUCAGAGCAAACGCCAGACAUGGGUGCCUUAUUAUGGAGCAACCAAUCCAUGUGAGCUGACGUGUGUCCCAAGAGGAGAGAACUUCUUCUACAGACACAGACCUGCAGUGGUGGAUGGGACACCGUGCUAUGUGGGACGCUCUGAUAUCUGUGUGGAUGGCGUCUGCAGGAUACUGACACAUGGAGACAUUAUGGGUUUGGAUGAAGACACUAAUUCCGUGCAUGCUGCUGCCUCCGUUGCUGUUGCUCCUCACCAAAGAGACACCCUAAAAUACGUCUACAAAACUGGUGUUUACGGCCAGUGCUCUGCCUCCUGUGAUGGAGGCAUGCAGUAUCGCAGCGUGCAGUGCUGGGUUCAGGACCCAGCAAACCCCCGUGUGGUGGAGGAGACUAACUGCAUCACCCAGAGGCUGCAGAGGCCGCAGAGCCAGCAGGCCUGCAACAUGCAUCCAUGUGCUUCUGCUGCUGCUGCUGCUGAGUACAGCGUCUCCAGCUUCACUGUGUGCUCGGUGACUUGCGGGGAAGGCCGGCAGACGAGGGAGGUGACCUGCGUGGGGUCGAGAGGUGAACGCCUGCCUGAGCACGCCUGCAGUGGACUUGCAAGACCUGCAUCUGUCCAGACCUGCCGAAGACCUGCCUGUCACACACACAUCACCUGGCAUGUGACCGACUACGGACUGUGCACUAGAAGCUGCGGUGGCGGUGUGAGGGAGAGGAGAGUGGGCUGUUUCGAUACAGAUUUGAACCCUUACCCAGAGUCCCGGUGUGGACCAGCCCGCAGACCCGUUUCUGUCGAGACAUGCAACUCACAAGCAUGCCCUGGAGCACAACUGGUCCCAAGUGUGCAGGACCCGAGGGCACAUGAAAACAUUGUGAGAGGAUUUGUGCCUCAUGCUCCAGAAGACCCUUCAGCUUCCCAGCCACAUACAAACAUUGCGUAUGAUCCCUACACGGCUGCGGUUAGUCCUCACUGUUCACAGUCAUUCUAUGGCUGCUGUCCUGACGGCCGAACAUCCGCCACGGGGCCCAGAAAUGAGGGCUGCUCCCAACAAGACUGUGUUAACACCAGAUUCGGCUGUUGCUUGGAUGGGGUGACUGCAGCUCAAGGAUUUGGACGGGCUGGAUGUCCUGAGUUCCUUACAACUGUGCAAAACCCACCACCUCCCGCCCCUCCAUCCACUGGCAGUGUGUGCUCCCUGCCUCGUGAUGAGGGCCCCUGUGAUACUUGGAAGGUCCGCUACUACUAUGACUCAGGCGCUGGCAAAUGUACUGAGUUCUGGUAUGGAAGCUGCCAUGGCAACGCUAAUAACUUUAUGACCCUGGAAGCAUGCCAGAGAGAGUGUGGGGGUGUGGUGACGAGGGAGCCCCCACCUGCACCUCGAAGAGGGGCUACAAGGAGAGGGUCAUCCAGCGGGGCUUUGAGGGCGAGGGCAUAACAAUGGUCACUACUGACACCUCUAAAUCAGUGCUGUCUUUAUGAAUCAGAUGAUAUUUGUACACAUAGAAUUUACAUAAUGAAGUCACACACAAACAUGUAUUGUAAAACUUACCACACCGUAACUUUCAUUUUAGCGUCAGGCUUUACAUCAUCGAGAAAGUGUUGCAUUUUAACUAACAUGAUUCCAGCUCAUGGUUUGGAUUUUGUUAUUGUUUUGAUCUUUGGUAUUUUGUUUGUGAUGCACACCGUAUUCACAUACAUAUUUUGCCUUAGAUCAGGACUACAACAAAAUGAUGUCAGUGUGAAUCAUGAACCUAAUCAAUAAAUUGCCAGCUAUCCGGUAACCUUGAAA